AUGUCAAAUAUUGCUUGCAAGAAGACAAAGAAAUUCAGUGUUAUUGACAAGCUUCAUGCCAUUGUUGUUGAUUUCCUUGCAUCUGAAGUCCAUCAUAAACAGAUGUGUCAUCUCAUUCCUAUUUGUAGCAUGCCCAUAUGUUGGAACACAACUCAUGCAGAGAUUGAGCAGUCUAUCAAACUCAAACUGGCAAUUAACCUUUGGGUUGAAUGUCUUGAUGAUGGUCUCACUGGAAAGAAAAAGGACAUGGCAGCACAAAAGAAAAAGAAAUGGUGUCUCAGCUUGCUUGACUGGGAGUUUUGGGGCCAGUAA